AUGUCUUGCCACACCAUGAACUUCCCCGCUUAUGAUGUGGACGAUGAUUGGGGAACGCGGUGGUGGGAUGGGGAUAUGACGGGCGUGCUGCUGCGGACCCCCACCAAACCCCCGAAUUCACCACUGUUUGAGUGUCUUCGCCUGGAGCCCACCUCCUCCCCGACGUUUCUCCACUCCCCGAGCCUCUCUAUCGCCUCGGAAGAGUCUAUGGACUCUAUCCUCGCCCUGCCCCCGGCGGGAUCGGGCCCGGACCCCCCCCCGAUCUCCCCUUGUUUGCCGGACGAACUGGAAAUGCGGCAGCUCAUCUACAAACUUUGCCGGUCGCUAUACAAAAAAGCCAUCCAGAAGAUCGGUAAGGGAAAGGGAAAGCCCUCCAGCGCGGUCCCGGUGGAUGCGAAAUACGAAACGAACAUGUCCCACAUGUCAGAUUGGAUGCCUCUGCUCCAUUUAUUUGAGCCGAAUCGGUAUUAUGAAAUGUUAGAAAAGCCCUAUUUAUCCCUCGUCGCGAUGGAGUUCCAGGCCUCGCGGUGCCCCAAUCACACCUCGGCGAAAUCCCCAACGGAGGCCCUACAGCUUUUUAUGGGGGAAUUAUUCGUGGAGAAGCUUUCAGGGGGAAAUAGCAAUCACGUCUACCGUCUAGGCCAUCCUCAUUACCCCGACAAAAGCAUUUUGGUGCGUUUGUACGGCAACGUCAGCGGCGAGGUGAUCGACCGCUAUCGCGAUGUGAUGGCCGCCAAACAAAUGAGUGAUGCGAAGAUGAGUCCGGUCGUACUGCACUACUUUAAAUGGGGUCGUGUGGAGGAGUUUAUGGACGACGUCGCGACCGGCUCCACAGAUUUGCUUUUCGAAAGCCAAACACUUCUUUCCGAGGUGUUUAUGAAACUCUCCGUGAUGCACAAACUACCGAUCGAACCAUUUUUACCAGAAAACGCGAAUAUCGCGUGGUUUGCAAAAAACGGUCAGCCCAAAUGUCUACAAUAUCAACAUUACAAUGGAUUUGAGGACUACUUCUCAAAAAAUGUGCCCAUCAUAUCCAAGAAGCUUCUCGGAUCGCAAUGCCAUAAAUACUACGAAAGUGAUGUGGAAUAUAAACUAUUGGAAGAUGUAUGCCCGUCCUCGUUUGAACGCGCGAGUCUGCGGUAUCUACGCCUUAUCAGUGUUCACAUUAAAGAUCACUACCGCGACAACUUUGUGAAGUUUAUUUGCCAUGAAAUCAUCUGGAUACGUCAAGUUUUCCUGGAAAGGUCGAUUCCGCUCACCUUCUCACACAACGACCUCAACCCCUGGAAUAUUCUGAUUUCUUGGAAAAAAGUGACCGCCAAAUUCAGAAAGCCUAAUAUCGACCUUAGCGAAGAUGACGAAGUGACUUCAGUCAUCUCGAGCCAAAGCAGUUUACUGAGUAGGAAGUUUUUAACGAAAAAAGGCCACCACAAGAACCUGGUUGACCUCAAGGGUCUAGUCUUUAUCGAUUUUGAGUACUCCGAUGUCAACUACCGAUGCUACGAUCUUGGUAACACGAUUUGUGAACUGGACUAUGACUAUACCCGCGGAAUGGAGAAUGGCGGGCCGGGCUUCAUCAAGUACCUACAUACCUUUCCCCCUCCCACGUACAAAUUGAGAUGGAAGGAUCGGCCGAUGGAAUACCCACGAAUGCCGGAGCUUAUUUUGCAAACCUGGCAGCACUUUUCUGACGGCAAGGAAACGUCCGAAUUCAUAAAUGGCGAGCCCUACCUCAACGCAAUCGCCGCCUACUAUCACCACCAAAACCCCGAAGUUGGUGCAAUGCAGGUAUCGCUUGAACAUAUUGUGGAAGUUUUCCUUGGAAUGCUGGCUGCGCAUCUUAACUGGUCCUUGUGGUCUUUUGUUAUGGCUUGCAAUUCGGACAGCUUAACCAACAACGUCGAUGAUGGUCUCUUUUCAAAGGGAAGUAGUGGGUUGGAUUACUUAAGGUAUGGAAACUGUCGGCUGAAAGAGUACUUUGCACUAAAGUCCUGGCUGAGAGAGCAUGACUUUCUGUGA